AUGGUUCUCCGUUGUGCAUUAGGUACUUGUAACUCCGACGAAAGAUACCAUGAUAGACUAGGCGAUGCUAGGUUUAUUCUCUUCCCGAAGCCGAAAACACCUGAAAAAUGUCCUCGCUGGAUUAAAGCCUGAGGGAGGCCCCACGAACAGGUAGGAGGAAAUGGCCCUACUGUUGAAUAUCCGGAUCCCGUACAAGCAGAUGGGACACCAUCUAGACCACGGAGACCUGGUCCAAGAAACUGGCCAUUUCUGGAAGUUACAGAUGUUGCUUGUAACGAAGAGGACAGUAUAUGUGUAUAUCAGAUCAACUUUAUUCACUGGAUAUGA